AAGUUCAGAAUUUGGGAGUAGAGAGUUGCUGAAGCCCACCAUCAUGAGUGCUUGUGACCUGGGCACACAUACCAUCAUACACACACCUCCUACAUAGACCCCUCUUCUACCAGGACAGGGAGCCAAACUGAUUAGUAUCUAUCACUGCAGGAAAUAGUGGCUUGGAAAUGGACAUGCUCCAGGACCUUGAGUCCCUGCAGUUUGAGUAUGGGGUUCCAGAGGAAGAUCGUAUCUGGCUGUAUUUGCAGGGCCGUUCUCGGGGACUGAUGAUAGAAGCUUGUGCCCAUGCAACCUUCUUCUGCAAACUAUUAUAUAAUUUGAGAGCAUCAUUAAAUGAGAAUCAAAGUUCCAGACAUCUCUCAAUUGACUCCCUUAAUUCAGCCAGUCCUGAAGAGUUUAAGGUGGGCAUCAUUGGAGGUGGCCACCUUGGGAAGCAGCUGGCUGGCACACUGCUGCAGCUCGUCCCCGUCCCUGCUGAAAGCCUGCGGAUCUCCACUCGGAGGCCAGAGGCUCUGGGUGAGCUCCAGAAGCUGGGAAUCAAAUGCUUUUACCACAAUGCUGAUCUGGUGAGUUGGGCCGACGUGAUAUUCCUCUGCUGCUUGCCAUCUCAGCUGCCUAAUAUCUGCGUAGAAAUUCACACCAGCCUUGAGAAGACCAGCAUUGUGUACAGCUUUGUAGCUGCCGUCCCACUACCCAGGCUGAAACUACUGUUGAACCACACCAAUAUCUUGCGGCCUCAGUAUCAGUAUGGUGAAGAUUCUGUCAGCAUCUGGGGGGCCAAUAAGAAAGUCAUAGCUGCUCUCCAAGAUCCUACGAUUCUUCAAGCUACCUGUCCCUACAGUCCUGCUGGGGGAAUAAUCCUUAAGAUCAAGUGGUUGGAGGGAGUGUUUUAUGCGGCCCUAAACAUAUGCACAGCAAGAAACAUGGCCCACUCCCAAGUGCUGCAGCUUCUGAGUGAACUCUUUCUCUCCGUGCACUUUGAAGACUGUGGGAAAGACACAGCAUCUUGCCCAAAGUUUCAAUUAACAGAUUUUGUCAGCAAAGCCUAUGGCAAGAACUUGUCUCAGGAAAGGCCUUUCCCCUGGUUUGAUCUGACUGCUGUGCAACUCAAGAAAACUCCGUUUAGCCAGCAUCUCUCAAGCAGUCCUGUUCUCCAAGACCACCUCACCCAUCUGUACUGUGCUUCAUUUGGCAUCUCUCUAACCAAAGAACAGCCAGUCGUUUCCACAGGCUCUCCAUCCCAAUAAGAGAACUCGGGAAUCAGGAUUUUUUCCCACUCACAGAUUUUCCCUACAAUAUUAUGCCCUGAUUAUCACAAUUGACUGUGGGAGUCUUGUGACUGUAUUGUGUUUGCCACAUGAUAGACAUCAGGAAUUAGAAAACUGUACUGAUGAGGAAAACGUAGAAUAAAACAAGUGGUCCUAUCCAUCAAUAUGUAUCUGGCUUUCAGAAGCAACUAGUGAAACUACACAACCUAACUUAAGUAAGCUGCUCCCGCAGAAAAGCCUUAUUAAUACAAAUUAUUUCUCUUCUAAAAUUCAAGAAGUUAUAAUGUUAUAAGUUUUAGACAAUUACAUACUGCAGCUUCUUUUCCAAUAAAUCAAAUUUCAAUCCAUUUGCCAGCAGUAGGUAGCUGGAAAAAGAUAUAGUUUGAUUUUCUCACAAUUUUGGAUAGGGAAGUGAAGGUAUGGUAAACCAUCUUAAUUGAAUUAUGGCUUCUGUCAUGCUUACUUUGACUAUAUAUGACUGUUCUGGUACUAUCGUAUUUACAGCUGUUCCCAUUUAAACCAUUUAAAAAACUGGUAUUUAAUGGCUAAAACUAACUUUGCAAAAUAUAGAUCUGUAUUGCAAA